ACACUGAACCCAGUUAAGUUACCCGGCCUCACCUUGACCCUGAGCUCCCUCGUCGCUGACCCUGAGCGGCUGGGCUCCCUGCCUCCCUCUUCACUCUCCUCUCUCAAGCUCUCUCGCAUUUUCAGAGCACCGGCGGCGGCAGCGGGAUUCCCUCACACAUUCGCGGCGGCGCUGUCUCUCCUCUCUCACGGAUCGUCUCUGGCUCUCUCGGUGGCGGCAAGCUCCUCCUCUUGGUAACUGCCACCAUGUGUGGGAUUCUUGCAGUGUUAGGUUGUGUUGACAACUCUCAGGCCAAACGUGCUCGCAUCAUCGAGUUAUCUCGCAGAUUGAAGCAUAGAGGACCUGAUUGGAGUGGAUUGCAUUGCCAUGGAGAUUGUUAUCUUGCUCAUCAAAGGCUUGCUAUUGUUGACCCCAUAAGGGAUCAACCUCUUUAUAACGAAGACAAGACUGUUGUUGUCACAGUAAAUGGGGAGAUAUAUAACCAUAAGGAACUGAGACAGAAAUUGAGUUCCCACCAGUUUCGAACUGGAAGCGACUGUGAAGUCAUUGCUCAUCUUUACGAAGAGUAUGGAGAAGAAUUUAUUGAUAUGCUGGAUGGGAUGUUCUCCUUUGUGCUUCUUGACACAAGAGAUAAAAGCUUCAUUGCUGCUCGUGAUGCUAUAGGCAUUACCCCUCUUUACUUGGGAUGGGGGCUUGAUGGAUCGACAUGGUUUGCGUCUGAAAUGAAAGCUUUAAGUGAUGAUUGUGAGAGAUUCAUAUCUUUUCCGCCAGGGCAUAUAUAUUCCAGCAAACAGGGAGGAUUAAGAAGAUGGUACAAUCCACCAUGGUUCACAGAGCAAAUUCCAUCAACACCCUAUGAUCCUCAGAUCCUACGUCAAGCCUUUGAAAAGGCUGUGCUUAAGAGGUUGAUGACUGAUGUACCUUUUGGCGUUCUUUUGUCGGGAGGACUUGACUCAUCACUUGUCGCUGCUGUGACCAAUCGUUUUUUGGCUCAAUCUGCAGCUGCACAACAGUGGGGAUCGCAGUUGCAUACUUUCUGUAUUGGUUUAAAGGGCUCUCCAGAUUUGAAAUUUGCAAAAGAGGUAGCAGAUUAUCUUGGUACUCGACAUCAUGAACUUUAUUUCACAGUUCAGGAAGGUAUAGAUGCACUUGAAGAAGUCAUUUACCACAUUGAAACAUAUGAUGUAACGACUAUCAGAGCAAGUACUCCAAUGUUCCUUAUGUCCAGAAAAAUCAAAUCCAUGGGAGUGAAAAUGGUUCUUUCGGGAGAAGGUUCAGAUGAAAUAUUUGGAGGUUACCUAUAUUUCCAUAAAGCACCUAAUAAGGAAGAGUUUCAUGAAGAAACAUGUCGAAAAAUCAAAGCUCUUCAUCUUUAUGACUGCCUGAGAGCAAAUAAAUCAACUUCAGCAUGGGGUAUAGAGGCACGUGUACCAUUCUUGGAUAAAGAAUUUAUCAACACAGCCAUGAGUAUUGAUCCAGAGUGGAAAAUGAUACGACCUGAUCUCGGAAGGAUAGAGAAGUGGGUAUUGCGCAAUGCAUUUGAUGACGAAACAAAUCCAUAUUUACCGAAGCACAUUUUGUACAGGCAGAAGGAACAGUUCAGUGAUGGUGUAGGGUACAGCUGGAUUGAUGGCUUGAAGGAGCAUGCUAACCAACAAGUCACAGAUGGAAUGCUGUUGCAUGCUAACUAUGUUUACCCUGAAAACACUCCCACAACAAAAGAAGCAUACCUCUACAGGACAAUUUUUGAGAAGCACUUUCCAAAGAAUGCUGCAAGGUCAACCGUUCCAGGAGGUCCUAGUGUUGCGUGCAGCACUGCAAAAGCUGUGGAAUGGGAUGCCGAAUGGUCAAAGAAUCCUGACCCUUCUGGCCGUGCUGCUCUUGGUGUUCAUGCAGCGGCAUAUGAGGCUGCAGCGGAUGCAAAAACAGCCGAGCCUAAAAACGGGACCCUCUAAGCCCUUUAUUCUGACUUCGAAGAACAAAAAAAUGCAAAGCUUUGUC